AUGAAUGAGCUGACACUGGGUUACCUGCAGAAACCAUCCUCGUUCACAAUCAAUGGCCACAUUCACCACCGUGUUCAGAUUGUCCGCCGUGGAGCGUGGACAGAGUCUCAGAGUGCUGUAAAUCCUCACAUUGAGACGUCGCGAAGCAUUUCACAGGAGAAGGAACUGAGUUCGGUGGCGACGGAGCUGGUCGCUCGGCAGGAAGAGAGCGAACGAUCUCACAAGCAUCUGAUAGAGCUGAGCCGGGACUUCAAACGCAAUGCACCACAGGAAAUCAGAGAGAUGGUGGCCCCACUUCUCAAGAGCUUCCAGACAGAGGUGGUAGCGCUGAGUAGGAGGAGCAAGGAGGCCGAGGCUGUCUUCCUUAAUGUUUACAAGCAACUGAUCGGUGAGACAGACGCGGCCGUUUCCCUCGGACCCGCCCGGACGCUGGAGGAGGAGUUGCGGCGGCUCCCACGCGAUGCUGGGAGCGAGCGGGAGGUCAGGCCCCGGCGGCCACGCAGACAGGCCAACACCCCCCCCACGCAGUUGGCAGACUAUUUCCCAGUGGAGGAGAGGCUGGGGGUUUGCGAUGAGACGCGACGGAGCAGCACUGAUGGCCCCCUGCCCACCGAGCACAACUUGACACCCCAACAUGAUGACGAACGAGAACGGGGACUGGAGGAGGCACAGCACACACUGGCUGCCAGACUUGGGGAAGCGGAGGAGAAAAUCAUGAUCCUUCACUCAGCUCUCAAGACAACACAGACUGAACUGUUGCAUCUGAGGUGUAAAUACGACGAGGAGACAGCGUCCAAGACGGACGAAGUUGAAAUGAUCAUGACCAACCUGGAGAAGGCCAAUCAGAGAGCAGAAGCUGCUCAGAGGGAGGUGGAGAGUCUCCGGGAACAGCUGAGCUUGGUGACGUCGCCGCGGUUGGGAUGCCGUACACCGCCGGUGGCUGGUGUGGGGGAGCUGGGAAAGGGGCUGACCCCCUGCUCGGGCUCCCCCCCGGGGGCACUGAUGGCCGACAAGGACCAGGAGAUCAUGCGGCUCCUGAAGGAGAUCCAGCGACUGCAGGCGGAGCUGAGCGAGCUCCAGGAGAGCUCGGCCAGUCAGGUGGCGACGCUGGAGCGUGAGCUGGCGGAGAAGACAGAGGCCGUGGAGAGGCUGGAGGAGAAGCUCUGUGUCCAGUUGGACUAUGAGGAAAUCAAAACCGAGCUGAGCAUUUUAAAAUCAAUGAGCCUGGCGUCCGGAGGAGACUGUGGGUUACAGGGCACGGUCACUCGAGGCGAGGACUCCCUCGCGGGGACGGAGGUGACUGGAGCGGUCGCGGAGAGCAGCCAGGGAGAGGACAGGAGCACACACCCUGACGUAGUUGAUGCUGAUUGCCGUCUCUUCGUCCCAGGCUCUGCAGACAAGGAUCAUCCGGGUGAAGACCCUACGGGGGGAGUGGAGAUCUCCUCCCCAUCUCCCCGGCCAACUGCAGACCCCUCUCCUUCUCCCACCCCGACCACACCCAGCGAUGACCCCCUGGUCCCGGGAUCCCCAAAGGACACGGGUGGGACGCCAGGCAACCACGGGGGGCUCCGCUCUGCCCAGGGGGCUUCGCUGGUGGCAGGAGGGGCCGAGGUGGUGGGAGGGGCCGAGGUAGUCACUGAGGGGCCUGAGAGCGGCUCAAGCCUGGGGGACGAGGAGGCCCUGGAAACGACGGAGAUCGCCUACCAGGUGAAAGAGCAGCUGCUCAAACACAACAUCGGCCAGAGGGUGUUCGGUCACUAUGUCCUCGCGCUGUCCCAGGGCUCGGUCAGUGAGAUCCUGGCCCGGCCCAAACCCUGGCACAAGCUGACGGUCAAGGGCAAGGAACCCUUCAUCAAGAUGAAGCAGUUUCUCUCUGACGAGCAGAACAUUCUGGCUCUGAGAACCAUCCAGGUCCGACAAAGAGGCAAUAUAACUCCCAGGAUCCGGACUCCGGAGACAGGAUCCGACGAAGCCAUCAAAAGUAUCCUGGAGCAGGCCAAGCGUGAAUUACAGACUCAGAAAUGUGUUGAGCCCAAAGACUCGCCGGCGCUGGCAAGCGGGGGAAACAGCGGUGGCGGGAACGCUGGCAACAACGGCAACAGCAGCGGACACGGCGGGGGCUCUGACGAGGCCAUUCGCACUAUCCUGGAGGCCGCGCGGCAGGAGAUGCAGGCUCAGCGCCGGGCACUGCUGGCCAUGGAGGGAGCGGGGGGCGAGGAGAGCGCUGCCGGGUUCUACUGCCCACCCAGUGAGGAGAACCCUCCUCCAACUGCUGAUAGGAACGAACCCCUCCUUCCCGUCUCCGUCAAGCAGGAGGAAGAGGAGAAUGGAGAGGGCGAAGGCGGCGGAGAGAGCAUGGCCCAUCCCCCUCUUGGCCCCGUCUCUCCCGCCGCGUUCGUCCAGAACAUCAUCCGCAGAGUCAAGUCCGAGAUCGGAGACACUGGCUCCUAUUUCGAACAACACUGGGCGGCUGAGCAGAGUGGGAGCGGCAACGGGAGCCAGCGGCUCGAGACCUCCCCCUCCCCCUCUUCCUCAUCAUCCUCAUCAUUCUCCGGGUCGGGCUCAGGAGGGAGCGUCCACAGCAGGCACCGGCGUCACGAGACCGGUGAGGAACAGAAACCAGAUGGGGAGGGGGCGAGGAGGAGGAGAAGGAGGAGAGCGGAGGUGAUGGCGAAGGUGAAGGUGGAGGAACCGCAGCCCCCCGUCCGCGCGGAGACCCCCAGCCUCGCCCCCGCCGUCCUGCCCACCUACCCCCCCCGCUCACUGAAGCCCACCGUGCCGCCCCUCACACCGGAGCAGUACGAGGUUUACAUGUACCGGGAGGUGGAGACGGCUGAGCUGACCCGGCAGGUGAAAGAGAAGCUGGCAAAGAGCGGCAUCUGUCAGAGGAUCUUUGGCGAGAAGGUGCUGGGUCUGUCCCAGGGCAGUGUUAGUGACAUGCUGUCCCGACCGAAGCCCUGGGGGAAGCUGACACAGAAAGGCCGUGAGCCCUUCAUCCGCAUGCAGCUGUGGCUGGUGGGCAAGUUAGAGCAGAGUGAGCCCCUCGGGGAACCCGGGCCAGCGAAGACCCUGUAUUCCCCAUCGCCUCCGCCCAGCCCCCCGGAGUGGUUGCAGGGGGUAGAGGAGGUGCCGGGGGCCGGGCCGGAGAGCAGCAAAGAGAACCAGCAGCCAGCAAGCGCAGCAGAGUCUCCGUCCCCGGUCCCGGCAACGGUUCCUCCUCGCGGCAAAUCCCCGGCAAACGGGCAGCCGCCCGGCGGCAUACAGGAGCUGGUGGCCACCUCCGGAGAACUCGACACCUACAGCAUCACCAAGAGGGUGAAGGAGGUUCUGACGGACAAUAACUUGGGUCAGAGGCUUUUUGGGGAGAGCAUCCUGGGGCUGACACAAGGCUCCGUCUCCGACCUGCUGUCGCGGCCAAAGCCCUGGCACAAGCUGAGCCUGAAGGGCAGGGAGCCCUUUGUCCGCAUGCAGCUCUGGCUGAACGACCCCUACAAUGUGGCCAGACUGAGAGACAUGAAGAAGAUAGAGAAAAAAGCGUACCUGAAGCGUAGGUAUGGCCUGAUAAACGCUGGCUCUGACAGCGACUCCCCCAGUAACCGCUCAGAGUCAGCCAGCCCCGGCCCCCCGGCACACGGCCCACCCGCCCUCAGCCUCCAUCACUGCCAAAGCAAGAAGCCCCGGGUGGUGCUGGGGCUCAAGGAGAAGGAGACCCUGAGAGAGGCCUAUCAGCUGGAGCCGUACCCCUCCCAGCAGAACAUCGAGGCUCUGGCCUCCCAGCUCCACCUCCGCACCAACACCGUCAUCAACUGGUUCCACAACUACAGAUCACGGAUUCGGAGAGAGUCGCUGGCCGGGGAGCAGCAGGGCAAUGACACGGACCCGGAGAUGCUGGCGACGGCGGGGAGCGAGGGAGGAGGGGGGCUCGGCAGCCCCCUGAGUCCUGACUCGGGCGCUGACGAAAGGAAGAGCGGCUUCGGUGAGGAUGGGAGCGAGCGGGCGCCGGUGGUGAUCAAGCAGGAAGCUCCCGACGACCCGCGCGGGGGUGAGGAAGAGGAAUGUGAUUGCGGCUUUGAAUACCAGUCGGGGGGCGGCAGCACAGCCUGGUGCCAGGCUGGCUGGGUGCCCGGCGUGGUGAAGCGGGAGAGAAUGGGCGCCGGUUACCCCGACGAGCCUCGAUCACCGAAACCCACCACCGUGCUUCACAUCCAGAACCCGCAGUGUCUGAUCAUCGGCUGCGACAGACCCUCAGCGCUCUCUCCCGAGGCCUCGGAUGAUGUUCCGGAGCACGCUUCUCGUGCUUUCUCUGUGUUGCGAGGCAUUGCUGUUGCGGUGAAUGGCUCACCGUGCGGCCGGUACAACGCGGAGUCCGGCCCAGGCGGGCCGGGGGCGUCUGUGAAUUCCCCCUCGGCCACUUCCUCGCCCGGGCUCCUGCUCUCCAUCUCUCCAGUCCCCUCCUCCUCCUCCUCCUCGCCUUCCAACUCGGCUGCCUCUCCCGGGGACCGGGGGGUCCCGGCUGGGAGCGAGAAUGAGAGAGACGCGGCUCCUGGCCCAAUGACUGCCGCCGCCGCUGCCACACGGCUGAACCGAAGUGUCCAGAGGCGCAACGAGAAAAUGGCCAACCUCAACAACAUCAUCCACCGCCUGGAGAGAGCCGCCAAUCGGGAGGAGCCCACAGACUGGGAAUUUUGA